AUGUUGAAGAAUGAAAAGCUAGCUGAGAUAAAAGCCUCUCCAUAUUUCGCCCUUCUCUGUGAUGAAACAACAGACGUUACAGUGCUGGAACAACUCAUCGUGCACAUAACAUACCUAGACUGUGUGGAGAGAGAAACAAAAGUCACAUUCCUGGAAAUAAAUGAAAUUGCCAAUUGCACCAGCGACGUCAUCAAAGAUAAGCUCGUUGAGGUUCUGAGGAGAACAGGCCUUGAUUUCAGGUCCAAAAUGGCGGGAUUUGGCAGUGAUGGCGCUUCGACAAUGGUGGGAAGAAUAAAUGGUGUUGCGGCACAACUGAAGAGGGAGUCGUCGACUAUCAUCUCUAAUCACUGUGUGGCCCAUCGACUUGCUCUGGCUGUUGGUGGAGCAUCUGGAAAGGUUGACUAUGUCAAGAAGUUCAAUAACACGUUGGAGAUACUGUACCACUUCUAUGAAAAAUCUUCUGUCAGGACAGCUGCGCUAAAGGAGAUUCAGGAUUCGCUGCAUGUGCCCUCAUCACGUCCCAAGAGGCCUAGGACUACACGCUGGCUAUCACAUGAUCAGGCAUGUGAUACGCUUUCAAAGACCUUGCCGGCAGUUAUGGUCAGCCUGCGACGUGAAGGGUCGGAGAGAGGAGACCCUAAGGCCAUAGGGUUGUCCCUGCUUGUGGAGGACUGGCGCUUUGUGGCCUGUUUCUACAUGAUGCUGGAUAUCUUGCCACAGCUGAGCAUCCUUUCUAAAAGUUUUCAGGAAAACUCACUGGACUUCGAAAUAAUUCAGAAACAAGUGGCGAUGACAGUAGAGAUCCUGGAGGCGAGAUUGGUACGGCCAGGCCCAAACUUCCAUAAAAUGCAGCAAGGCACCGUCUUGGAAGCAGUGAAACAAAAAAUACCAGAUUUCACACCUAACAUCAAAGAAGGCGAUCUUGAGAAGUUCAAAGAGAAUUACUUCUUCAGGAUGAGCAAAGGUGUCGGGAUUCUACGCCUGGUGGCCACCGGUCGCAACUUGGAAGCGCUAGAACUCUUUGCCCUCUUCGGUGCUCCCUUGACAUUGCGUAACGACGAGUGCGUUGAAGAUUGCUGUGGUUCAUGA